AUGGCGUCAACAUCUGCCCCCCUGAUCGACGCGAUCAAUGGCUUCGCGGCUCUCAAGAAUGUCGAGGCGAUCGCGUCGUACAUAGAAAGCAACAAGCAGGCCGAAGCCUUCCUCGGGGCCACCCCCGAGGAUAAGAAGGAGAUUGAGAAGUGGCUGGCAUUCGCCCGCAAGGAGCUCGGCGACACCUCUGGUGGCUUCGAAAAGGCCAAGCACUUUGGUAAGCUUGGCAAAUUGCACAAGCAUCUCGUUCCCCGGGUGUUCCUGGUCUCGAACAACCUGACGGCCGCUGAUGUUGCUGUUUAUGCUGCCCUCCUUCCUCUUGUGCCCGGCCUUGACUCGCACACCCAGUUCAGUUUUGCUGGUGCGGCUCGCUGGUUCGACUUUAUUCAGCACCACCCUGCUGUCCGCAGCGCCGGUGUGCCGAUUGUGGAGCUCGACCUUAACUACCCCCUCAACCCCAAGCCGCCCAAGAAGGAAGAGAAGCCCGCUGCUCAGGCCAAGCCUGCGGCGGAGCAGGCCGCGGAGAAGAAGCCGGAGGGAGCGGCUGAGGCUGGUAAGGCCAAGGCACCCAGGCAACCCAAGCAGCCCAAGGGCCAGGCUGCUGCUGCCGCUGCUGGUCCGGCUGUCCCCGAUAUCGUCCGUCUGGACAUCAGGGUGGGCAAGAUCACGAGCGUAAAGAAGCAUCCUUCCGCUGACAGCUUGUACCUGGAGGAGAUCGAUCUGGGCGAGGAGAAGGUGCGCCAGGUGGUCUCGGGUCUGGUCAACUUCAUCCCCAUCGAGCAGAUGCAGGACGCCCGCGUCAUCUGCCUGUGCAACCUCAAGCCGGCCAAGAUGAGGGGUAUCGAAUCGCAGGCCAUGGUGCUCUGUGCCUCGAACGCCGACCACACGCAGGUGGAGCUCAUCAAGCCUCCGGAGGGAGCCAAGAUUGGCGAGAGGAUCUUCUUCGGUGAAGGCUACGAGGGCGAGCCGGACAAGGAGUUGAACCCCAAGAAGAAGAUCUUCGAGGGCCUGAAGCCGGAUCUCUUCAUCAACGCCGACCUGGUAGCGUCGUACAGGGACAAGGAGAAGCAGAAGGAGCUGGUCUUCCUCACUUCCGCCGGCCCGUGCAAGGCCACGUCGCUCUCUGGCGGCUCCAUCUCGUAA